AUGGCAGAGAUCAGGGAGGAGACCGCGAGGGCCGGGGAGGGUGAGAGGCUGAAGAUGCUGCACGAGGAGGCGGCUCACCCGAGGAGCAACUCCGGCAUGGACCCGGGGGACCCGAGGAGGAAGGCAAUCGAAGCGGAGGAGAUGAGAGACAGGACGGCGGUGGAAGCAGGCGAGGAGGACUACGAGGCCGACAUGGCUGCCAAGUUCCGCCAUCGCUGGGAGGAGCGAUGGUCCGGCUAUUUCGGCUCCUUUGAGGACACCACACUUAUUCCACCGAUGCGCUUCACGGAUGAACCACCUGGGCCACGAGACUUCGCGUGCUCCUACAUGCAUACUCUCAACGUCUUCUCGGUCAAACUUGCUGGACUACAUAGGGAUUUGGCAUGGCCACUCCAUGUGUUCAGCAUCGUCGCCGCACGCGACACUCUGGAUCACAAUCGCAAUAUCAUCUUGCAUCGCACCAGGGAUAACCGCCAAAUCAUCCAUCAGGAGGAUCCCUACCUAGAAUUGACAGGUCCUAUCCGUGGUAUCGUGGUGAUUGAUCCUGUGAAAUUUGAGGUUGUGCUGAAAGUGAAGGGCUCCACUGAAUCCGAGGACAAAGAUUUAAGCUUUCUGGUUGUGCGGUACUUUAGUAACGGCGGUGAAAGUCGGUCACUUGUGAUCAACAAAAUCAGGACUAACAAGCUUAGCACACUAGAGUUGACAUUCGGCCACAUUGUUCGCUCUGUGGAGGCCGCGAUUAGUGUGAGAGUGAUUGGCGGUUCAUGGCCAGAUGGGUUUCGAGGUGUAUUUACAGCUACCACUGGCAGCAUAAAUCACAUGAAGUUCUCGUUGCUUUCUUCUAGAAACUGUAAGUUUCCUGUCAAGUCUGAUGGAAUGAUCUUGCUAUCACGAUGUGUUGUUUGUGUUGAACUCGAUGGAGAACUCAUGGUUUCCAUCAUGGCACAACAUGAAGACGAGGAGAAAGUUGUUGAUCAGAGUGAUGAUAACGUUUUUACACCUAAGAAAGCUGGUAGAAGCCAUAAUAUCCUCAAGAUUGGGUCGUGCAAGAUGGAAGUCACUGUGGCCUGCUCUGUUUUCUCGGAUCGUAUACUUGUUCGUGACGAAUGGGUUGGUGCUCGGCAUCUGUGAUCAUAUUUUUCUCGAUCGUUGAUUAGUUCUUGGUAUUAUCGAGUGUGUAUUUGUGUUUACAAUGCCAUGUAAUUAAUUUCGGCUCGUUCGUUUGAAGUCUUGAGCUUGAACUUCCUUUUGUAGCUCCGCUCACAAGGACUUCUUUUGCGCUUUCUACUGACUAAUGAUCAUGAUAUUUUAGUUUUAAUGCCUGUAAGCACAAAUCUCUAUUAUUAAAGGGCAUUUUUUCGUCA